UGCGGGGAAUAAAAGGCCAGAAAUCAUGGAUUCUGUUUCGGCAAGGUUGUGAACAGAAGAAAGCAAACUGCCAACUCAGAGAGCUGAGGGAACAGGGUUGGUAAUCGAAUGUGGAAGGUUAUAACAAUCCCACCUGACGUCAGCCGUCGGAACCCAGUCAAUUAGUGCCUAGGUAAAUCAACCCCGUCUACUGCAGUGAUUCCUUCCCUUGGCCACCUUCGUACUCAAAACACUGGCGACAUUCCCCCUGAAAAGUGGCACUGCACGCCAGCCUUGAUUAUCCAUUCAGACUCAUUGGAGGAAAUAUGGCCACCCUCGCGGAACUACUCAGCACCCUCACAGGGUCCUCAACAGCGCCCCUCGACGCUAUCAACGCAGCCGUGGAGGUGUUCAAUUCCCAAGCCCGAGCAGCAGGACCUGAUGAAAACUCGGUAGGCGACUACGUCUGGGAGGCCAUGAACGCUCUCUUCGCCGCCGCAGGGCGCACCCCGCCUGACAACCAGGGCCCGUUGGUGGAGUUCGUCGUUCGAUUGGAAAGUACAACGGCUACCGACGCAGAGGGGAAGGCAUUGAAUUCCAGUCAAGGCCAGGUGUGGAAAGAUCUGCCGUAUUUUGGCAUCGUCGCCAGGGAGUCCCUAAACUACGAUGUCCACGACCCCAAGGCCACGAAGAGCCAGCGCGCAGAGUGGGAGAACGAGGCGGCGUUUAUGGCGCGGCUCAGCGCGCAGAGCUCGCCCGGAUUGGACUUGUCACUCUACGGCCUCUGGAUGCUGCGCGCCGCCUUUGAGGAGGAGGACGGCGCGCCGACCGAGCUGUCCAGGACGGCUGUCAGGAUUGCUGCGAUGUGGAUUUGUUUUGCCGGCGAACAGCUGCGGAAAAAGAGUGCUCAUGGAGAGACGCUUGCCCACAAUCUCGGUGUGUCCCGGGGGAAGUAUCGGGAGCGUGAGUGGAGGGGCUUCAAUGAGGACCGGUGGCAGGUGUGGAAGGAUGGGCUCAAGGCUGUGCAGGAGAAUUUCGGAUCUGACGAGGUGAUUAAGGCGGCGGUGGAGGUGAUGGAGAGGCUAUAGAAGCAGGAGGGCGGUUGAGGUAGGGUUCAAGUUGGUCAAGUCUGAUAGCCCGGUAACCGACCACUUCGUGAAAAUCAAGAGCAAGAGUCCCAA